AUGAAACAAGUGAAGGAAGCUCUAGCUGCGAAGCUGAAGCGACCGGAAGUCACGCGGAACGGUCGCAUGGUGGUGGAGAACCCCAGUGGGGAGCUGCUCCCGGUGCCGGAUGGCCAAAGGCUGGGUGGCAAAAGGCAAGUCUUCAUGGUGGGCAUCACCUUGUCGCCCGCUCCAGCCAGUCCAGCUCCGCGGGGCGCUGCGGCUGCGGGCACCGCGCAGGACGUGCAGCGCUUUGUGACGCCGCUCUCGUACCGUUUGGGCGGCCCGGAGAGGGGAUGGGCGUGGGGACCAGGGGAGCUCAAGGAGAGCGGUGGAGGCAUGAAGAGGAACAAAGAGAAUUCCGAGGCACCACCGAGUCCAGUGGAUGAGAUCGGGUGGAUGCAGGGCACCGUGAUCCGGGACAAUCCGGAAGGAGUCCUUUCUGCCGCCAGCGGCACCGAAAGCAAGGAUGGAUGGCUCAGAACGCAGGAGAAUGAGAGCCAGAGCACCGGCAUCGAAGCAGAAGAUGCCGGAAGUCCCCGUCUCAGCGAUCCGGAAUGCUUGACGGCCUCGAAGUCGGCGUGUCGGAUGAUUACGCCGCUGGAGCUCUCGCGGAAGACGGAUGUGCAAAGAAGAGGUGCCAAAGGCAAGGCCAAAGCCAAAGCGCUUCCCAGGCCAAACGUGCCGAAGCCAGGCAAGCCAGGUAUAGGUGCCCGGGCCGACCGGAAAACCACUGCUGGUGAGGCCCCCGAGCGCUCCAUUGGCACCAGUGGAGCGGGCGAGAAUUGUGGGACGACCAGAAUUGUGCCGCCGGUGCCGGACCUCUCGGCCAGCAUGCCGCUGGCGAGCCCCAGGGGCGCCUACACCGUCUCGGUGCCCAUCGCCUACGCCUCUCGGAUGCCCAGGAGAGCUCCUCUCCGGCAGGGCUGGGAACUCCAGACAGGCGCCUCCAAAAUGCAUGGCUUAAACUAUUACUCCGACUCCGAGGAGGAGAAGGAGGUGCAAGACUCCACUGCCGCAACGGAAGAGCUGCCUGCAGAGCGCCAAGUGCACCAUGCGCACCCUCCAGACCAAGCCGUUCCAGAUGCCGCCGUCGCUGCCGCGCCCAACCGCACCGUGGACGCGGACGCGCGGGACGCCGUCCGGCCGUUGGAUGGCUCGGCCUCCUUCGGCGAGAUCAUCGACGCCUGGAUCCAGCGCUCGGCCCGGACCGGAGAUGGUCCUCCGCCUGAGUACAAGGCUGAGAUCAUGGAAGUCUAUGACAAUGCGCCGCCCGAAGGCCAGGAGCAAAUGCGCAGGGACAUGCUUGAGAUGGUCCUGAACAUGGACAACGAGGACAACGAGGACAACGAAGCUCCUGAAGAGCUUCAAGUCCAAGGAGUCCCGGACGCCAGCCUGGAUGAAGCGGAGAUGCCCAGUGCCCGGAGUGGCGUGAGGUCAGGGUCGCCCGCCGAUCGGCCCCGUGGGCAGGUGGAGGAGCAAGCACGUGUGGCGGCGGAGCAGAAGGCAGCGGUGCUCGCGCGGAUGGGCGUGGAGCCUUCUGCUCCGCCGGUUCCGGAGAAGCCUCUUGAGAAGAACGUGGUGCAGGUGUUUUUCGAGAUUGCGGUCGAUGGGGCGUGGAUUGGGCGCAUUGAGUUCGACCUCUUUGCAGAUGUCGUUCCGCGCACCGUGGAGAACUUUCGAUGUCUUUGCUCCGGUGAAAUGGGCCGGAGCAGCAAAACCAAGCAACGCUUGAGCUUCGAAGGCUCUACUUUCCAUCGGAUCAUUCCUUCCUUCAUGUGUCAGGGGGGCGAUUUCACUCGUGGGGACGGAACAGGUGGCGAAUCCAUCUACGGGGAAAAGUUCGAAGACGAGAACUUCCAGCUGAAACACAAGAAAGGUUGCCUGUCCAUGGCCAAUGCCGGACCUAACAGCAAUGGUUCUCAGUUCUUCAUUUGUUUAGAUGCGACUCCACAUCUGGAUGGCAAGCAUGUGGUCUUCGGAGAAGUGGUCCAGGGCUUUGAGGUAGUCGAAAAGAUGGAAACCUUGGGCUCCAGGUCGGGCCGUGUCGCGAAGAAGGUGACGAUCAUGAGCUGCGGCCAGAUGAAUGCCGAUGACACCGCUCCAGCGGCCAAAUGUCCACGGCAAAUCGACGUCGCGCCGGCCGCGCGGCUGACGCCGGCCGAAGACAACGGCGGAGGACUGGGACUCCUGGGUCUCUUGAAAGAGGCCGAUGCGCAGCGCGCGCAGGCGCCAAGUAUUGCAGUGGAGACGGUCGUCCAUGAUGCGGAAGCAGAAGAGGUUCACGUGCUGCAUAUCCUUAGGAAGCACAAAGAGUCACGAAAACCCAAAAACCGUGGAGGGCAGCCGAUCACGUGCAGCAAGCUGCAGGCUGAGCAAUACUUGGAAGAGAUUGCAAACCAGCUGGUGGGCUUAAGCGGUGAGGAGUUGCGUGCCAGAUUUGCCGAUCUCGCCCGAAGCGAUUCUGAUUGUGCAUCUGCCAAGAAGGGCGGGGACUAUGGACGCUUUGGACGGGGACAGCGGGAGCUGGCCUUCGAGGACGCAGCGUUCGGCCUCCAGGCCUGGCAGCUGCAGCAUGCCUCGAUUCUUUGCGCAGUCCUGCUCGGUGCCAUCGUGCGUCGUUCCAUCGCCUGUCCACUGACCGCCCGCGCGCGCCUCGAGCGCUCAGAGCCGCUGACCGCGGUGGUCGCGUCGCCACGCGCGGCGGCGGUGGUCGCGGUGCCCGGAAUGGCGCGGGGUGCGAGGGCGCAGAAGGGCAGCCCCAGGCGUCGGAUUGCGGACUUCAAGCCCUUGCUGAAGGAGCUCUUUGAGGAUGAGCCGGAAGCGCAAUCUGCGCAGCAGCUGCAGAACCAAAUCGAACAGCUGCAAAAGCUGCAGAAGCUCUUGCAGAGGCAGCAAGAGGGCUUGAAGCAGCAGCAGAAGGCCCAGUCCUAUCAACCGGCCCACCGGGACGCUGCUUCUCCCCGAGGCGGCUCGAAGGUGCCCAAAUCCAACGACGCGGAGCCGAAAGCCACACGGGAUCGGCCCUUGAACCUAGGCGAGGCCAAAGAGCUCCUGAAGGCGUUUCGGGAAAUCGCCAGCUCGAAGGAGUUCCAGCGGACUCUGGGCAACAUUCACAAGCAAGGGCCGGAUUCCGUUCAAAAGAUGCAGCCGAUUUUCAUUGCGCAGUCGUUCAAUCGGACGAUGGCGAUGUAUGACUUCCCUCUGACCACAGAGGGCUACCAGGACAUGGCCAGAGGAAUCGGCAAGCAUGCCUGGAACGUCCACGUGAAAGCACAGGCUCACGAGGUGGAACGCCUCUUGCGCAUGCCUCCCGGCGCCUUCUUUGGCAUCCCCGGCGAGCCGGGCCAGGAGAUCGAUUCCGUUCAAAGCGGUUUCCACCCGGAGCCCGAGUAUCCGCCCCUGGAGCCGGAUCCGCCGAAGCCGAAAGCGGCGGGUCGCCCGGCCGCGCCCAAACCGGCGCCGAGCAAAAUGGGACUUGUGACUUUUGUACAGGUUGUGGCGCGGCAUGCAGUGGACAACGUAGAGGUCCAGGUGCCGAUUGCUGGAACUCCAACAAUGGCUCGUCGAUUCCGUGGUGCAGCCCUGCUGGUAGCUGCGAUGCUACUGUGCUGCUGGCACUGCAGCUUCGUAAGUCCACAGGGGGCCAGCAGGCGUGAGAUGGCAGCCGGCUUAGCCACUGGGCUGGUUGGUUUGCUGAGCGAAUCUGCUCGCGCAUAUGAUUUGCCAGAUUUGCCCUACGCUUAUGAUGCGCUGGAACCUUCCAUUGACAAAGCGACCAUGGAGUUCCACCAUGACAAGCAUCACCUGACCUAUGUGACCAACAUCAACAAGGCAAUGGAAGGAAAGAGUCAGCCACCCCUUGUGGAACUGCAGAAGUCGGCAAUCAAGGACGGGGCUGCCUUCCGUAACAGUGGUGGAGGUGCAUACAACCACAACUUCUUUUGGUUGGAGAUGGCACCUACUGGCAAGGGAGGGAAACCAUCGGAGAAGUUGUCGAAGGCCAUUGACGACUCCUUCGGGUCAAUGGAUGACUUCAAGGCAAAGUUCGAGGCAGCAGGAGCUCCCGGGGCGCGCUUUGGCUCUGGCUGGGUUUGGUUGGUUGUGACUGAUGACAAGAAGCUGGCCAUUACCUCGACCCCCAAUCAGGACAACCCUUUGAUGGAUGGAGUUGAGGGCACGGCAGGCAUCCCAAUCUUGGGCUGCGACGUGUGGGAGCAUGCCUACUAUUUGAAAUACCAAUAUCGCCGUCCAGACUACAUCAAGGCCUGGUGGGAUGUGGUCAACUGGGAUCAGGUGAGUGCAUGGUAUGAGGAUGCCUUGGGUGGCAAGGCACCCACCGCGGACUCGGCGACUUCCGCUGCAGCCCUGAGCGGCCGCAAGACCUCAUCGUCUUUCAAUUUGAAGUUGGGCUUUGAAGCCAACGUCAGAGUGGAGCUGCCGCAAAAUGCAACCUUCUACGACUGCAAGCAGGCCAUCUCCAAGCUCCUGGGCCGGGACGCCCGGGUGUCGAUCGACAUGCGCCGACGCCGACGUGGCGAUCAUGCGAUGAUGGCCGUUCGGCCGUUCCGCCGAGGCAGAGAUGAGAUCCUGCGCAAGGGAAGGUUAGUGCAGAAGAAAGGCGGACUCUACUCAGCCUACAAGGCUGGGGAUGAUGAUUUCGUGGGUGAGACGCGACAGGUCUUGGUGCUGGGUGCGGACCUUCAGACCGUCCAACCAGAUGAGCCCAUGCCACCAGUGCACCCUUAUGCGGAUGUGGGCCGACCCCCUUCUCGACCACUGAAGGGAGAGAGCGAUGAUGAGGGGCCUCCAAGACCGCAGCCCUACUCGGUGAGGAGCCGAGUGCAUGAAGAGCUGGAAGCAGCGCCGCGGGUGAACGACCUUCCACAGACUCCAAUGCCCCCGCCACCUCCGCAGCUCCAGCCGAAGCCGACGCCGAAGCCCAAGCCCAAGCCAGUGCCGCGGCCGCCGCAAGAAUACGAGAUCACGAUCAAGCAUGCGGUGGAACCAGGCGAAGUUCAACUAAAGAUCUGGAGCAACUGGACCUUUGCAGCAGUCCGCGAUGCGCUGGCCAAGAAGCUUCGGCGUGAGGAGAUCCAGAAGAGGGCACGCUUCCUGGCUGAGCCAAGCAUUCUUGACUUGGACGAUGAGAUCGUCGGCUGGACGCACGAAGGGCAUCGGCGAGAGGAGCUGAUGUUGCUGGGGGUUGAGCUGGUGGAGCAGGAGGUGUCCAGUGGCCCUGUCUCAGUGGAGCUCACGCGCAAACUGCUGGAGGAGUUUGAAAAGGCCUGCGCGCAGGAGGAGGUCCAAGCGCAGCUGCAGAAGUUAAUCGAUCGCCAGAAGCUCAGCGGGUGUCGUGUGAGGGUGCUUCUUCCAGCUGGACUGAACACACACACACAGUGA